AUGGCGGGCCUGCUCAAGGACACCGAGCGGCGAGCGCGGCUCUGCGCGGCUGGCACAUACCCACAUGGGCUGGAUUUAUAUAACAGCGGGAUGAUUGCUCGUCGAGGUGCCCGCCUCUCGGCCGUUAGAUUGCACAUGUCUGCCAUCAUUACCCAUCCUACGUAUGACGACGAUGUAACGUUGGGGCGUGUCACUCAAUUGAACGCGUAUAUGAUCUUGGCAUGCUCAAGCGUACUGGUCUACGACACUUUGAGCUGCCUGGACAUGGAGGUCAGGUACAUCUGGCAGAGGCGCUGGUCGGUCAUGAAGGUCCUGUACCUGUGGACGCGUUACUCGGCAUUCUCCAGCCCGGUGCUCGGGCUUGUGUAUUUCGUGUUUAAGCCCGGGCAUGAGCUUACACCUCGCGUCUGCUCGAGCGGUGUGAGCGCCGCUUUCUGGCUUGACGGCGUUGGGAUAUCGAUAUCGGAAUUGGUCCUCGCUAUGCGCAUAUGGGCGUUCUGGGGCAGGAAGCCUUUCAUAGCGGCCAUAGCAGCUGUAGUGUAUGCAGGCUUCGUCUCCGGGGCGACGUACACGUUGUACGAGUUCUUCAGGAGGGUUGAGAUCGUACCCAUCGAGGGCCACCCGGGGUGCUUCGUGAUCGGGGACGGGACGAUGGCCAGGCUGUUGCUUGUGGUCUUCAUGAUUGCCCCACCACAGAUAAGUCCGACCUUUGACAUGACAAUUAUUUUGUGCAUACCGGGGCGCACACUCUACUCUGUGCUCAUUGCCCACCUGGUUUUGCACGUCAAGGCGGUGGCAGAUCCAAAGAGGCCAGUGCAGGAAGAGACGGACGCGGUCAUUACGCUGACGACGUUCCGGUUUGCCGAGUACGAGAUUUCACGAUCAUGA